ACUACCCCCAAGCCACUGCCUCGUUUGCCUUGCGCCCUUCUCUUUCCUCUUGCGUUUGCGUGAGGAAGGAAAGCAUCAUCCGCCUCGCCUCGCCGGAGCAGCCUCCGCCUCCCGCCCGCCCGCCGGCGGCAGCAUCCGCUCCCCGCAUAGCCAUCUGACGCCGCUCCCCCUCCCCCUCCCCGCAUCGAAUCGAUCGCUGUCGGUGCGCGAGCCGCCGCCGAGUUCGUUGGACGAGCGCGCGGAGGGAGGGAGGGAGGGAGGUGGGUGUGGGGGUGGAGAAGGGCGAGCGCGGCCGUGGAGCAGCAUCCUUUCAUUAUACAGCACUCAUUGGAAGCACUCUACUCGGAGUUGCCUAACAUCAUCUCCCUAGAAGUCAAAAAUAUAUAUGGGCUGAUUUUAACAUUUCAUGGGAGGUUUUGAAGACGAUGAACCACCCUCAAAACGCGCAAGAGCAUCCACAGUAGAACCAGCAAGUUUGUUAGAUAGGUUUUCUUGCUUGAAAUCUACCCCUCCUUUGGGAAGUACAAUGGCUAGACCUUUGCCUUCCCAGGGGAAAGAAGUUAUGGUUGGUUCUAAAGGUGUUAUUAAGAGGGAUGAAUUUGUAAGGAUAAUCACCAAGGCUCUUUACAGUCUUGGAUACGAAAAAAGUGGAGCAGUUCUGGAGGAAGAAUCAGGAAUAACUUUGCAUUCCCCAACAGUGAAUCUUUUCAGAAAGCAGGUGCUUGAUGGGAAUUGGGAUAGUGCAGUGGUUACCUUGAACAAGGUUGGUCUUUUGGACGAAAGCAUUGUGAAGUCUGCAACAUUUCUGAUACUGGAACAGAAAUUUCUUGAACUUUUGAGAAAUGACAAUGUCAUGGGUGCUAUAAGGACUUUGCAAAGUGAAAUUACACCCCUUGGUGUCAACAAAAAAAGAGUUCAUGAACUGUCAGGGUGCAUAAUUUCUUCUCCACAGCAUGUCUUACUUGGUUUUUCGAAGCUUGACAUUGAAUCUUCAAAUUCUCGGCUGAAGCUCCUAGAGGAAUUGCAAAAGGUGCUUCCCCCAACUGUUAUGGUACCAGAGAAGAGGUUAGAGAAUUUAGUUGAGCAAGCACUUACUGUUCAACGCGAAGCUUGUUAUUUCCACAAUUCUAUUGAUGGCUUGUCACUCUACACUGAUCAUCAUUGUGGGAAGGAUCAGAUACCAUCUUGCACGCUGCAGGUUCUGCGUGCACACCAUGAUGAAGUAUGGUUUCUUCAAUUUUCAAACAGUGGAAAGUAUUUAGCCUCAGCAUCAAAUGAUAAAUCUGCAAUCAUAUGGAAGGUUGAUGAAGAUGGAGAACUAUUACUGAAGCACACAUUGACUGGUCAUGAUAAGCCAGUCAUGAUGGUUGCAUGGAGUCCUGAUGAUUGCCAGCUUCUCACUUGUGGAAUGGAAGAAGUCAUUCGGCGUUGGGAUGCUGAAUCAGGCAAUUGUCUUCAAGUUUAUGAAAAGUCUGGCGUGAUCUCAUGUGGUUGGUUUCCAGAUGGAAAGCAUAUAUUGUCUGGUCUAAUUGAUCAUAAGUUUUGCUUGUGGGAUUUAGACGGUAAAGAAGUAGAUUCAUGGAAAGGCCAGAGAUCAUCCAAAACAUCUGAUUUUGCUGUAUCAAAAGAUGGCAAGCUUAUAAUAAGCAUGAAUAGAGAGUCCACAAUUCGUUUAUAUGAUAGAGAAACAAAACAAGAGAGGCUCAUUGAGGAGGAGAGUACAAUCACAUCAUUUUCUCUUUCAGAAGAUGGUGAUUUCUUGCUUGUAAACCUUACAAGUGAGGCGAUUCAUUUGUGGAAUAUAAGGAGUUGUCCCCUUCGAGUUAGCCGGUACUCUGGUCAUAAGCGCAGCCGGUUUGUGAUAAGGUCUUGUUUUGGUGGAUCUGAACAGGCCUUUAUUGCUAGUGGUAGUGAAGAUUCACAGAUCUAUAUAUGGCAUAGAGCUACUGGAGAUCUUAUAGAAACCCUGUCUGGUCACACCGGCACGGUCAACUGUGUAAGCUGGAAUCCUGUGAACCCCCACAUGCUUGCAUCUGCAAGCGAUGAUCACACAAUUCGUAUAUGGGGUUUGAAGAAGGCCAGCCUGAAGCGCAAGGAUGUUGGCAGCAGCAAUGGGAUAUAUGCAAAUGGUAAUACCCCCAGCAAUGGUGUGGUACACCAGUGCAACGGGAACAGCAGCAAAUGAACAAGGUUGCUAACCUAUGGAUGGAUAACUGGCAUUUGUAAAUCCCCUUUUCCUUCCCUUUCCUUUCGUUUCCUAUCCCCAUCAGGAAGGGCGCCGCCAUAGUAAAACAAAGCUCUGCAGCACUAAGUGUGGAGAAACCUUCUGGGUUUCAUGCACGAUCUCUCAUGUAUUACAUCUACUGUUUGUCACAUUUAUUUCUUAAUUCAUGCUGGCAAAAGAUAUUUCGAUACUAUAUUGC